UCUGUUUCUCAGAAGACUAUGUUCCUUAUGAAGCCUGUGUGCAUCUUUCUCCUCACUUCUCUCCUCCACUUCAGCCACGCCUGGUCAGUGAACAAUUUUCUGAUGACCGGGCCAAAGGCUUACCUCGUCUACUCCAGCAGCGUGGCAGCUGGCGCCCAGAGUGGUAUUGAAGAGUGUAAAUACCAGUUUGCUUGGGACCGCUGGAAUUGCCCUGAGAGAGCUUUGCAGCUGUCCAGUCAUGGUGGACUUCGUAGUGCUAACCGGGAGACUGCGUUUGUGCACGCCAUCAGCUCUGCUGGAGUUAUGUACACCCUGACUAGAAACUGCAGCCUUGGAGACUUUGACAACUGUGGCUGUGAUGACUCCCGAAAUGGACAACUGGGAGGCCAAGGCUGGCUCUGGGGAGGCUGCAGCGACAACGUAGGCUUCGGAGAGGCAAUUUCCAAGCAGUUUGUAGAUGCCCUGGAGACAGGACAGGAUGCCAGAGCAGCCAUGAAUCUGCACAACAAUGAGGCUGGCCGCAAGGCGGUCAAGGGCACCAUGAAACGCACGUGCAAGUGCCACGGCGUGUCUGGCAGCUGCACGACCCAGACUUGCUGGUUGCAGCUGCCCGAGUUCCGGGAGGUGGGCGCGCAUCUGAAAGAGAAGUAUCACGUGGCGCUCAAGGUGGACCUGCUGCAGGGCGCGGGCAACAGCGCUGCGGGCCGCGGCGCCAUCGCCGACACCUUCCGCUCCAUCUCCACGCGCGAGCUGGUGCACCUGGAGGACUCCCCAGACUACUGCCUGGAGAACAAGACCCUGGGGCUGCUAGGCACCGAGGGCCGAGAGUGCCUGCGGCGCGGGAGAGCCCUGGGCCGCUGGGAGCGCCGCAGCUGCCGCCGGCUGUGCGGGGACUGCGGGCUGGCGGUGGAGGAGCGCCGCACCGAGACAGUGUCCAGCUGCAACUGCAAGUUUCACUGGUGCUGCGCGGUCCGCUGCGAGCAGUGCCGCCGGCGGGUCACCAAGUACUUCUGCAGCCGCGCGGAGCGGCCGGCGAGAGGCGCUGCGCACAAGCCUGGGAAGAAACCCUAAGGGUCUCCUCCCGCCUCCUUUCCUGUUCGUCCUCGGCUUCGUUUAGAUACCCCGGAAAUAGAGGGCCCCAGACUGGGGACCUCGCGCUCCCUAGCUCAGCGAUCCUGACAGGGAGAGGCCGCAGUCGCACACCGAGUGCCACUUUCCAAACUGUUUCUCGGAUUCCUCUGCAUGGUCUUCUUAGGUCUCAAAUCUGUUCUAAAAUUCUGCACAGUUGUUCCCGAGAAAAGGACGAAAACAGGCGAUUCUCCACACCUCACCCUACCCUACCCCGGACCCCAGCAGUCUUAAUGCUGGUCCUAGCUUAUCAGGCUAGAGGAAAGAACCCCCUCAGACACGCAAAGUCCAGGUAAAGACAUGGCCUUUCUCUUGCCCACCACAAGGGCACCUCCCUCCUGGGAGCCAGAGCCUCUGGGGCCUACAGUCUAGACCUAGUUCCCCGGAUGUUGGCUCCUCAGGAAUCUAACACUUUUGUCUUCUCAUUUCCCUACUUGUCCUGAAAAACAAAACAAAACAAAACAAAACAAAACAAAACAAAACAAAACAAACAAAAAUCUGGG